AUGACGCGACGCAUUGUUCGCACGCUCACCCAGCUGGGCGCCGUAGCGUUCCUCACCACUAUCCUCAUAUUCUUCCUCGACCGAAACUACAGGGUCCUGCCUAAUGCCCUCCACAACUACAUGCCAACCCACCAUCCCGGCCUCGUGGUCACCGACAUCACCAUCACGACCUGCUCCUCCCUCAAGCCCUUCUCCUCCUGCGAGCUGAACCCGAACGAAUGGCAUCGCAUCGAAAAAGAGCUCUACCUGGGCAAGGCCUGGACGUCCAGCGCAUACCUCCACGUGCGCCGCAAGCACGAAGAGAACCUGACCGACGAAGACGAGGUUGUUGUCGGCGUCUCGGUGGGAUCGCUGAAUCCCGGAGACGUCUCGACGGGCGAGGGCGAGCACUGGGAGCCGAGACCUGGCGGCAUCUGGCUGAAGCGGUCCAGAAAUAAGAAAUCAAGCGACUCUGAUGCUGCCGUGACGGACGUGGACGUCGUCUUUGGCGAUGACGCAACCGAGGCUCGCGACGGCUGGGGCAUUGUCGGCAGACCUCUACAUCUCGAUACCGGCUCGAAUUUCCUCAGCGCCCACUUGACUGUCAAGAGAGGCGCGCAUCACGAGCUGAAGAAGCCGCAGCCUAGGAUCCCCGACAACGGACGGCUUAAGAUUAUGCAAGUGGGAGACUUGCACCUCAGCACCGGCGUGGGCGAGUGCCGAGAGGCUGUUCCCGACGGCUACAAGGGAGGCAAAUGCGAGGCCGAUCCCAGGACGCUUGAUUUCCUCACCAAGAUGCUGGAUGAGGAGAAGCCCGACUUGGUCAUCUUGAGCGGCGAUCAGGUUAACGGCGAUUCGGCCCCCGAUGCCCCUUCGGCUAUAUACAAGUACGCUUCUCUCCUCAUCGAGCGCAAAAUACCAUAUGCCGCCAUCUUCGGCAACCACGACGACGAAAAGUCCAUGUCGCGAGAAGCCCAAAUGGCUCUCAUGGAAACCCUUCCCUACUCUCUAUCGCAAGCCGGCCCCGCAGACGUCGACGGCGUCGGCAACUACUACAUCGAAGUCCUGGCUCGUGGCCACAACGACCACUCUGCCUUGACAAUCUACCUCCUCGACACGCAUUCAUACUCCCCCGAUGAACGUCAUUAUCCGGGCUAUGACUGGGUCAAGCCCAAUCAGAUUGACUGGUUUAAAAAGACCCAUGCGAACUUGAAGAAGAACCACGAUGGAUACACCCAUCGACACAUGGAUAUUGCCUUUAUACAUAUUCCCUUGAUAGAAUACGCGGAUUGGGAUAAGCCCCGCGUCGGAGAAUGGAAAGAGGGCGUCACAGCCCCCGUAUACAACACUGGAUUCCACGAUGCCCUCGUUGAGCAAGGUGUUGUCAUGGUCAGCGCCGGACAUGACCACGUCAACGACUACUGCUCCCUCUCCCGCCACGGCGACGAAACAAAAUCCUUCCUCCCAGGCUGGGAAGAAAAACUGCCCCUCCAGUCCGAAACGAAGCCCGAGGACGAAGUCCCCCGUGUCCCCGCGAUGUGGAUGUGCUACUCCGGCGGCAUCGGCUUCGGUGGCUACGCCGGCUACGACGGCUACGUCCGCCGCCUGCGCAUGUUCGAGGUCGACACCGAGGAGGCGCGCAUCACGACGUGGAAGAGGGUCGAGUACGGUGAGACCGAGGCCCGUAUUGACCAGCAGGUUCUUGUGGAUGCUGGAAAGGCGUAUUUCGCGCCGCCGCCGCCGCCUCCUGAGGAACAGCCGCAGCAAGAGCAGCAGCAGCAGCAGCAGAAAUAG